UUUCCUUCCUUGGCCAGAAGAGCCAGAGCCAGAGAGAGAGAGCCACGCCAUGCUUCUUGCCUUCCUCCUGCUCCUCAUUUCCUCCUUCUCUUCCUCCCAUUCUUCCUCUUCUUCCUUCUCAGCCGAGCAGCGCUGCUUCUGCCAGGUGACGGGGCAUCUCGACGACUGCACCUGCGAUGUUGAGACGAUUGACGCCUACAACAAUGGCAAGGUGUUCCCUCGGCUGCAGGAACUCCUCGAAAGCGAUUAUUUCCGAUAUUACAAGGUGAAUCUAAACAAGCCGUGUCCUUUCUGGAGCGACAACAGCCACUGCGGGAUCAGAGACUGUGCCGUAAAGCCUUGCCCAACGGAUGAGGUUCCUGGUGGGAUUCGAUCCGAGAGUUACAAGUAUUCUGAAGAGGCCAACACUUUGGCCGAUGACGACUGCGAAAAAGCAGAGAGACUGGGAGCCGUGGACGCAUCGUUGAGUGAAGAAACUGCCCAAGCUGUGAUCCGUUGGACCCGGCACGACGACUCUGAGGACAGCUUUUGUGAAGUUGACGACAUCCAGUCUCCUGAGGCAGAAUACGUGGAUUUGCUGAUCAAUCCGGAGCGCUACACCGGCUACAAAGGGCCUGAAGCCUGGAAGAUUUGGAACAGCAUUUACGAAGAGAACUGCUUCAAGUACGUGCAUUUAUUUUCCCUCCAAGAGCAUUUUGUAGAUACUGCUUUUCGUGUAAAAAAAAAAACAUGGUUGGGAAUGAAAACUGGUCCAAAAUAG